ACCUGGUGCACAGAAUGCCGAUAAAUCGAUCCCCGCUAGGCUGGGCAGUGGCUGGCAGAGCGGCGCGCAGGCGCAGUGAAGGGAGGGUUUGAAUGAGGCCGAGGUUGGGCGAGGUGGCCCGCCGAUCCCUGGAGCAGCAGCAACGCCUGGCGGCAAUAUGCCCGUAUUCACAGUAAAUGUUAAAUGGGGGAAGGAGAAGUUUGAUGGACUGGAGUUGAACACUGAUGAUCCACCCGUGGUUUUUAAGGCACAAUUAUUUGCACUGACUGGAGUUCAGCCUGAACGACAGAAGGUUAUGAUUAAAGGAGGCACACUAAAGGAUGAUGAAUGGGGCAGCAUCAAGAUAAAGAGUGGAAUGACUCUGUUAAUGAUGGGAUCAGCAGAGGCAUUGCCUGAAGAGCCACUUGUACGUCCAACAUUUAUGGAAGACAUGACAGAAGAACAGCUAGCUUCAGCUAUGGAUCUUCCAUGUGGGCUCACCAAUCUUGGAAACACCUGUUACAUGAAUGCUACUGUACAGUGUCUACGUUCAGUGCCUGAACUCAGGGACACCUUGAAAAAAUAUAAAGGUGCUUUGAGAGCUUCAGUGCCUAUGACUCCACCACAGUAUAUAACAGCAGCUUUUCGAGACUUAUUUGAAUCAAUGGAUAAAACAUCCUCUAGUAUUCCACCUAUAAUUCUACUGCAGUUUCUUCACAUGGCAUUCCCCCAAUUUGCAGAGAAAGGGGAACAAGGCCAGUAUCUUCAGCAGGAUGCUAAUGAGUGUUGGGUACAAAUCAUGAGGGUGCUGCAACAGAAGCUUGACCCUUUGGAAUUAGAUACACCAAUGGAGACUAAUUCAGAGGGAGCAGCAGCUUCAACACCCAAGAAAAAUUUCAUUGAUCAGUUCUUUGGUAUAGAAUAUGAAACCACCAUGAAGUGUACAGAGGCUGAAGAUGAGGAGGUAACAAAGGGCAAGGAAACUCAGCUUCAGCUUAGUUGUUUCAUUAAUCAAGAGGUCAAAUAUCUAUUUACAGGGCUAAAGCUGCGUCUUCAAGAAGAGAUCACCAAGCAUUCUCCUACGUUGCAAAGAAAUGCCUUGUACAUCAAAUCUUCUAAAAUAUGCCGUUUGCCUGCCUACCUGACAGUUCAGAUGGUGAGAUUUUUCUACAAGGAAAAAGAGUCUGUAAAUGCCAAAGUUCUCAAGGAUGUCAAGUUCCCUUUAAUGCUCGAUGUAUAUGAACUGUGUGUACCAGAGCUACAAGAAAAAAUGGUUCCACAUAGGUUAAAAUUCAAGGAACAAGAAGACCGGAAAGCUGAUAUGCAGAUGAAGACUGGCACUAAAAAUGGAAGUGGAGAGCCAAAAGAAAUCAAGUAUGAGCCAUUUUAUUUCCCUAAUGAUUUGGGCUCAAAUAACAGUGGAUACUAUGAACUAAUGGCAGUACUAACACAUCAAGGCAGAUCAAGUUCAUCUGGUCAUUACGUAGCUUGGGUUAGAAGAAAAUCAGAUGAGUGGAUUAAAUUCGAUGAUGAUAAAGUCAGCGUUGUGGCACCGGAGGAUAUUCUAAAGUUGUCUGGUGGUGGUGACUGGCACAUAGCCUAUGUUCUACUGUACGGGCCUCGUAGACUAGAAGUAAUUGAAGAUGAAGCCCCGCAGUGAUGUCAUAAUUGAGCACAACUACCUUCAUUUUCCUUAUCCUGCAUGGCUAUUACUGUUGUGCAAUGCCUUCACUUUCUGUGGCUUACCUUAAUUGGAAGUAAGACUGCAAAGGGAAGGUGUUGUCUUAACUGUGACCCUGGUAUUGCUUAACAUCACCUACCAAACCUUUCAAAACAAAUCAGGUAUUAGUUGAAGAAGACCUGUGGAUUUGAUCUGUUCUUAAUUCUGCCACUUCUCCAUGUGGAAUAAUAAUAAUAAUAAAAGUGAUCCAUAAA